AUGUUGCCACACAUCGUCUGGUUGAUAUGGCUGUAUAUGCAGGUCAUAAUCACCAACUGCACGACAAACCAACCAGAAUUAAAGAAAGAUUACUGCAUAAUUGGUGCUGGACCAUCAGGACUACAGUUAGGUUAUUUCUUACAUAAAGCCGGAAGAGACUACUUGAUCUUUGAACGAACCAACACAUCUGGCGCAUUCUUCAUAGACUAUCCAAGACACAGGACAAUGAUCAGUAUCAAUAAACGGAAUACUGGAAAAACAAAUAAGGAGUUCAAUUUGAGACACGAUUGGAAUUCUCUUCUAAGCGACGAUGACAGUUUGCAGAUGAGACAUUAUUCUCACGAUUUCUUUCCACAUGCUGAUGUUUUUGUGAAAUAUCUUCAAGAUUACACAGAGAAGCAUGGUAUCAAUGUCAAGUACAAUACCAACAUUGUGAACGUCAAACGACGAGACAAAUUUGAAUUUCAAAUGCAAGACCAAAGUAACAAUACAUAUGACUGUGGAACUGUGAUUGUUGGAACCGGCUUAUCUCUGCCAAAUAUUCCCCAUUUUAAAGGGGUUGAACAUACAGUGGGAUAUGAAGACAUGUCGAUGGAUAAAGCAGAUUAUGAAGGGAAGACGGUAUUGAUAAUGGGGAAGGGGAAUUCAGGAUUUGAGACUGCUGAUUAUAUCAUGAGUGCAACAAAUUUUAUACACAUGUUUUCAAGAACACCAUACAAAUUAGCUUGGAAUACGCAUUACGUGGGAGUUUUGAGAAAUCGUACAGUGUACACGUAUAUUGAGGAAUUUCCAGUAAACCUACUCGACCAAUUACGUACGAAGACAGGGCAUGACACAGAGGAGGUUUUGGUUAUUAUUAUGCAGUAUGGGAAAAAAAGGUUUCUCAAGAAGUUUACUGGUAUUCCAGGGAAAGCUCAUCUUUCGUAUUUUCUUCACCCGGUUUUAUACUACUAUGAUGAAUUGCCUUCAAGUAAGAAUCUACUACUUUCUACACACGUAUAA